CUGAAUUCCUCCAAGAGAAAAGCAACGAGAGAAGCAAAUAAUAGGGAAGAGGAAGGAACAGGGAGCAUUUAUCACAUGGCUGUUUGUUUGUAAACAAAUCCAUUAACCCAAAGAUUCAUCUCAAACAUUUGUUCUUCACCCCCGGAAUCACUACAAGAAAACUCGCUAUUACCAACAUUUACAAUAAUCAUAAAAGAUGGCGGGCGGAGCUUAUGUUGAUUCAGGAAAGGCAAAGGAAUUUGAUGGCAAGGUCACCGCAUUCGUGCUUGUGACAUGCUUCGUGGCGGCCAUGGGAGGACUCCUCUUCGGAUACGAUCUUGGUAUCACAGGAGGAGUGACUUCCAUGGAGCCAUUCUUAGUCAAAUUCUUCCCGGGUGUUUACAAACAAAUGAAAGAUGAAUCCGGCCAUGAAAGUGAAUAUUGCAAAUUUGACAAUGAGCUCCUCACUUUGUUCACCUCUUCCUUGUACCUUGCUGCAUUGAUAGCUUCUUUCUUUGCAUCCACAACCACAAGGAUGCUUGGACGCAAGACCUCCAUGUUUGCUGGUGGCUUGUUUUUCCUUGUUGGUGCAUUGUUGAAUGGUUUUGCCGUCAACAUUGAGAUGCUUAUCAUUGGUCGUCUGUUGCUUGGUUUUGGUGUCGGGUACUGUAAUCAGUCUGUGCCAGUGUACUUGUCUGAAAUGGCACCAGCCAAGAUCAGAGGUGCACUCAACAUGUGCUUCCAAAUGAUGAUCACCAUUGGAAUCCUAGUUGCAAACUUGAUCAACUACUGGACAUCAAAGCUUGACAAUGGAUGGAGAAUCUCUUUGGGUGUUGGAGCUGUUCCAGCAGUGUUGCUAUGUGUGGGAUCACUUUUCUUGGGUGACACACCUAACUCCUUGAUUGAAAGAGGCCAGAAGGAACAAGCAAGGACAAUGUUGCAGAAGAUUCGCGGAAUUGAGAACGUCGACGAGGAGUUCCAUGACCUCAUUGAUGCUAGUGAGGCAUCCAAGAAGGUGGAACACCCAUGGAAGAACAUCACAAAGCCAGUUUACAAGCCUCAGAUGGUUUUCUGCUCUUUGAUCCCAUUCUUCCAGCAACUCACCGGUAUCAAUGUCAUCAUGUUCUACGCCCCUGUCCUCUUCAAGACUCUUGGUUUUGGUGAUGAUGCUGCUCUCAUGUCUGCUGUUAUCUCUGGAGGUGUUAAUGUGCUUGCCACAUUUGUUUCCAUCUUCUCAGUUGACAAGUUCGGAAGGAGGCUCUUGUUCCUUGAAGGUGGUGUCCAAAUGUUGAUUUCCCAGAUUGCUGUUGGAACCAUGAUUGCUUUGAAGUUUGGAGUGAGUGGUGAAGGAUCAUUCACCAAGGGAGAAGCCAACCUUCUCUUGUUCUUCAUUUGUGCAUAUGUUGCAGCCUUUGCCUGGUCAUGGGGUCCAUUGGGAUGGUUGGUGCCUAGUGAAAUCUGCUCUCUCGAGGUUCGAUCUGCUGGUCAAGCCCUCAAUGUUGCUGUUAACAUGUUGUUCACCUUCGCCAUUGCUCAGAUUUUCCUCUCCAUGCUCUGCCACUUGAAAUUUGGACUCUUCUUCUUCUUUGCUGGGUUUGUGGUCAUCAUGACCAUCUUUGUUGCAUUGUUUUUGCCUGAGACCAAGGGAGUCCCAAUUGAAGAGAUGAACAGUGUGUGGAGGUCACAUUGGUUCUGGUCAAAGAUUGUUCCUGCAGCUGACAACAAUGAUAACCGCAAGAACACCAUCGAAAACUGAACUACAUAAGCAUGUUCAUUGCACAUACAUUGAUGAAUAUAGUUUUUUUGAAAGGACAUCGAUGAAUAUAGUAAAAUGAAAAUGAUGAUUCUAUUUAAAAUUUUGGUAUCAAAUUGUAAUAUAUAGUUCAAUUUUCACAAGCUAAGAGUGUGACGGUUGUAUUAUAAUUGUAAUAUUUGGUAUCAAAGUUCAAUAAAGUUUGAAUUUCAGCAA